UGUCACCCUGAGAAGUGACAGUUUGUCCCGCUUCAAAAAAACAAGCGAUGUGCUAGUCGCCGAAUUUGUUUUUUUUUCUUUGUAAAUUUGCACUUAAUACUUACAAUAACUGCCUUUUCUUGUUCGAGAAUCUUCAAUUUUUCCUCCACCAUCCAAAUCAAGUAAAAUGGUGACUCUCGUGGCAUUUGGCAAUCCAAUCCUGGACAUGAGUAUUGCAGUGGAUGAUGAGAGUAUUCGAAUGAAGUACAAUUUGAAGGCAAAUGAUCAACUGGAGAUUCCAAUUGAGACACUUAUGGCAGUCAAAAAGGAUGCUGAGGAAAGGUACCAAAAAACUGUCCAAUUCAAUCCAGGGGGUUCUUCUCUGAACACCUGCCGCAUUUUGAGAGCUCUUGGGGAGGAGAAUGUUCUCUUCUGUGGAUCUGUUGGAAAGGAUGUCAAUGGAGAGAAACUUCUAAAGCUCAUACAAGAGAGUGCAGUUAAAAAUUGCAUUCAAAGGCUCGAAGGAUGCUCUACAGCUGUUUGCUUGUGUCUCAUUGAGGGCUCCAAUCGGUGUUUAAUUGCAAAUAUUGGUGCAGCUUUUAGGAUUGAGUUGUCCUGGUUGAGUUCAGAAGCUUUUGAUGAAGUAUGCCUAGCCAGGAUUUUUUACAUUGAAGGAUAUUUUGUUCCUGAAAGAUUUCAUAUUUGCCAGUGGCUUGUGGAGAAAAUAGGAAAGACUGGAAAGUUGGCUAUUAAUCUCAAUGCCAAGUACAUUGUUGAGAGUCUCAAAGAGGAAUUCAAAUUCCUUUUAAAAGCUUGUGAUCUAAUUUUUGGUAAUACUAGUGAAUUUUCUACAUUGAUUAAGGUUUCCGGAUACACAUCCUUAACUUCAUGUGUGGAUUUAAUUGCCAAAGACACUGAUAAAGACAAAAUACUGGUGAUAACUGAUGGAGAACAUCCAGUCAAAUUAAUAGAAAUUAAGAAUAAAGUAGUAAAAUUGCAAGAAAUCCAAGUGGAAAAAGUAGAUAAUGUUCAAGAUACAACUGGAGCUGGAGAUGCUUUUGUGGCAGGAUUCUUCUUUGCCUACAUCCGUGACAGGAGUCCUUGGGAAUGUGUCCAGGAGGGAAUAAGUGUGGCUAGAAGAACUAUUACUCAAAUUGGAUGCUAUUUACCCGAAAUGCGAAAGUAGUGAGCAAAAAGAAAAAAACAUUCAUCUCAAAUUUGCCUGAUUCAGGGAUUUAAUAAAAUAUUCAGAGGGUUCA